GACGGUAAUCGGUUCGCAGACUUUGGCUUGGUCAGUCUACAUUGCCACUUUCCUUGGUUAUUUAUAAUUCGAUUUGGAGCUGAUCCUGAUGUGGCAUAGAGAGUAAUUCUGCACUAAUCUUACUUUGUCCAAUACAUGAGACCGUUUGCAUGGUUACCAUAAGGAAUUUUUGACAGCGAUACACAAUUUCAAACAUGAAGAAUGGUUGGAUUACAACUUUACAUCUGUCCAACAGUGCUCAAUAUUUAUACCAUAUGCUUUAAGGCAAUUUUCUUAUUUUGUCAAACUAAUCAACUAAAAAAUGGCCACUAGGUCCAGUGAUGAAAUAGACAAGGACACAGCAGUUGAGUCAGCCCCUUCUUCUACUAAUUUGUCACUCACCAUUAAGAACAAGUUGCAUGAAGUAAUUGUCAGCAGAAUGAAAAAUCUUACACCAUUGAAUGAUGUCCACCUAAAACAUACUCCAAUUAUCCAACAAAACUCAACUUUUGCUACAUGCAAAACCUCCAGUUCUGUUAGAACUACAACUACUACUUCUGAAAACCAGAUUUCACCCUCAAAUCAAAGUCUGUUGCAAGCAAGUGGACACUGUGUGUUGCUUAAUAAUUCGGAGGCUAUUAUUUGUACAUUGAAUGAUGGCCAACUUAGGAUUCCAGGAAUACCUGUGAUUAAACUAACUGAUUCUCUAGAGACCACAAAAAACCUUAGGAUUCCAUCUCCCAUGUCUACAGCUAGUGGGAACAAGGAUAGCCUUCUGACCAAGCAGAACACUCAGGCUUGUGUGAACAUGAACAGCCUCAGGACCCAGCAGGCCUCUCAGCCUACUUUCAAAUUAAACAAAAUUGGGAUGUACGUGUUGCCUCAUUCUAGUUUGAACAUUAAAAGACUUAGAAUGCAUCAGUCCUUUCAGCCGUUUAUGAACAUGGACAGCCAUAGGACACAGCAAGUAUCCUCUCUGCCUGCUUUGAACACCAACAGCCUUGAAGUGCACCAGUCUUGUGAGCCCAGUAUGAAAAUGAAUAACCACCAGUCCAGUCAGUCUACUGUGUCUGUGACCAACAACAACCUUGAACAGCUUAAAUUUUCUUCUGUUAAUAAAUUACCUGUGGUUAAGGUUCCAAAGAAUGUAGUGCUUUCAUCAGCAAACAAUGAAAAAAAUGUUGAAAAUUCCAGGAUAGAAACUGGAACCAAAACUACUAUCUCGUCGAAUCCAAAUCUCAACCACAAUGCUGAUAUUGUACCAAGUACCAUGUCUUUUUACCCAAAUACUGCCGUUACUGUCUCCAAACCAAAUGUUACGAACAACAUAAACAAAACAACCAUCAACAAUUCCAGCAUUCUGAACAAUCAGCUUGUAAAUAACAAAACAUCGUCUGUGAACACUUCAAAAACAGUGGUACCAGCAGAGGUUACGGAGCACAAAUUUUCUGUCAGAUUUCAUCCGGUUCAUAACCUGGAACUACAAACAGACCAGAAGUUUGAUUCACCACCAGAAUUGGAAAAUGUUCAGGUGAAGAUGGAAGAAAGCCCUGGUGCGGUUCUCAACCUGGAUUUACAACAACCAGACCAGAAUUUUGAUCCAGCACCGGAAUUGGAAAAUGUGCAGCUUAAGAUGGAAGAAAGCCCUGGUGCAGUUCUCAACCUGGAUCUACAGCCAGACCAAAAUUUUGAUCCACCACCGGAAUUGGAAAAUGUUCAGGUGAAGAUGGAAGAAAGCCCUGGUGCGGUUCUCAAUCUGGAUCUACAACCAGACCAGAAUAUUGAUCUACCACCAGAAUUUGAAAAUGUUCAGGUGAAGAUGGAAGAAAGCCCUGACCCAGUGGUUAUCAACGGACUUCGGUCUUCAUCCCGCAUAAGAGAGAAACAAAUGGUUAAAAAAAGUCUUGUGGUGGAGAGUGUUAGCACAGUAAGCAAGAAAGGUCCAAAGAAAAGGAAAAUAAAGAGAAGAACUAAAGAUAAAAGUAGCGUAAAUAAAAGGAUCAACAUUCAUUUCGAGACUAGAAACAGAAGUAACAUUGAAAAAAUGAAAGAAAUCGACUUUAAGUUUUUCAAAUGUGGAAUUUGUAAUGAGGGUUUUAGGGAUUCCAUUGGUUUACAGUCACAUGUUCUACAGCACAAGGGAAUCCAAAGUGAAACAAUAAGGUGCGGGUAUUGUGGAAUGAAUUUCUUGGGUAAAAGUGGUGCGUUAGUUCAUCUGAAGGGCACCCAUGGUAUCAAUUAUGAGAAACCAAAAGCUGGAAUGGAAGAAGUAAAUUUACCAACAUAUGAGAGUGAUGAAAAAUCUGUGAAAACUGUUCGAGUCAUUCGAACAAAAUUACCUAAAUGUGAGAUAUGUAAGAAAAUAUUUCCAAAUCUGGAGAGGUUAGCACAGCACAAACAGAAAAGCUGCUGGGCUUACGUGUGGUAUUGUUGUGUUUCUUGUGGGAAACCAGUUGGAAAAGAAACUCGUGAAGAAGUACCUGUCCCAAAAGAGUUAAUAUGCAAUCUGUGUAAUUCAGGGAACCAGUCAAAAGAGAACAAGGAUACUGUGAUGGAGCAAGAGAAACAAGGAGAUGAAAUGAUAGUUGAUGCAGAACAUUCAGGUUUCCGUCAUAAGAAAUCUGUGAUGGAGCAAGAGAAACAAGGAGAUGAAAUGAUAGUUGAUGCAGAACAUUCAGGUUUCCAUCUUAAGAAAUCUAUAUCCUAUGAUUGUUUGGCUUGUGGGAAGUCCUACAAGCAAAGAUCAUCAUAUAAUAUGCACCUGAAACUGUCACAUGGUACAGUAAAACCUUUCAGAUGUGAUUUGUGUGACAAGGCCUAUGUUUGUCCCUCUUCACUUAGAAAGCACAGGCUUUGUCACAGAGAAACAAAAACAUUUGCAUGUGAUGAGUGUCCAAAAACAUUCAAAUUAAAUCAUCUUCUUACGAAUCAUAAGAAAAGACAUGGGCCAGGGAGAUUUCCUUGUGAUGUUUGUGGGAAGAUAUUGAAAUGCAAGCAGAGGCUCAGAGAUCAUAAGAGAUUACAUACUGGUGAAAAGCCAUUUCUCUGCGAGAUUUGUGGAAAGAGAUUUCUUAAUCGAAUGUCCAGAGUUCUUCACAUGAAUACCCACAAUCCUUCGAGCAAGAGUCAGUGUGAAAUUUGUGGGAAACUUUUCACAUAUGUGCAUUCUUUACGACAUCAUCUGAUAAUGCACAAAGUUCGUGAUGAUUUGAGCUUGAAAGUCAGUUCUAGCAUGGCAGACAAAUCUCAUAUUUGUGAAAUUUGUGGCAAAGGCUUUUAUGAGAGAUCAGGAUAUAGAAAGCACAAAUUAAGUGUGCAUGAGUAUAAAAACAAGCCUGAUGCCCGACCCAGAUGUUUCAUUUGUAAAAAAAUCUUUCUCCAGUAA